GGGGCUGGAGCUAUUUCACACGACCGAAACUAAAACUGGGGAUUACCCUGUACAGAUGCUGUUCGUAAAAAUCGUCUAACAAGUGUAGAAAAGCUUAUGGAAGGUACAAGGUUCAGCCUAUUUCACUCCUCUAAAGUACAAGGUACAACUGAGCUCGCCCAUAUAAGGAGCCACAUAGCUGAACUUAAUGCAUCUUGCUUAGAGAGUUAGAGCAAAGACGAUCACUUUAAAGGCUCGCGGAACAUAAUAAAUAAAUAACAUCACGCAUUAGUGGAAAGAGAAGAGACCUCUGCGACUGAGGACGGAGCACUCUUUAUCUCUAACAAAAGUUCAUUCCGGUGGCUACAGUCACGCAGCGCUGUCCGUCAGAAAGGGUGAACACAAAUUUUCAUUACAUGUGUGGGACCUGUUUAGUGUGUUCAGAGCGACAGAAAAAGGACAGUCAUUUACCCAUGAUCAAGAUAAUGAGCCGCUUAUGUAUUGCCUGGCCAGACUAAUAAGAGUACAAUUCGAAUCGUGUUUUAAAUAUCAGACGUCAAAGAAGCUAGCAAGGAAAUAACAUCAGUUACACCGUCUAUCAGUAAAUACAAUUGGCAAGGAUCCAACAUGUCAGAUGAAAUUCCUUUGCGAACCCAGCAGUCAUGUACUGAAGACGAAUAUUACAAAAUACAUGUGUUUAGCUACGCACGGCCAGCCACAAAUGGCGGUACAGGGUCACUUAAACAACUGGUUUUGUUUAUCACAAAAGCCUUGGAAGAUUCUGGGCAGUUAGAUAUAAUACAGCAGCUUGAUCAAGGUAUGGUCAACGUACGGUCUGUAUACACAGAUAGUUUUCGUUGGAGGAAAAGUGAGGGUACCAGGCUUCUUGCACAAUUAAUCAUGGGAGAUUUCCAAGCUGAAAAGAAGGUCGACAGACUUAAAAUCGAAGAAAUGAAACUUGGGGAGAAUUUUGUUUUUACCUUGCCCAAGAGUAAUGCGUCUUUCAUGACAGUGGAGGCAACACUAAUGAACGAGAGCCGAGAUAUCAUUUUUCAAGCGAGAGAGUUGGACCUGGAGCUUUCAACUUUUCAAGGCGAGACACGCCCUGCCGUUGAAAACGAGCAUGAAGGAAAUCAACCACUUGAAAUGGAGGCAUGAUACAGGAUUAAACAACUGUUUCUUAGCUCUUAUUUUUAAUUUUGGAGGAAACUCAUUGUUUAAUUUGUUUGGCUAGACGCAAUGAGUACAGGUGACCAUAUGAUUUCGAGAGUCAGUUCAAAUUGAUAAGUAAGACCAAUUUUCUCAACGACCAAAACAAUUGCCUACGGACCUCGUUGGUUGUAUAUCAUCUCAUAUCCAACAAGCCCGAGUAGAAAAGUGUAAUUAAAAACGCCCCAAACUUUAUUUUGUAAGAACAAACAGAAUUUUAAAAUGUACAAAAACAGUUCCGAUUUAACUCGUCCUAUUGCUUGCGCAUGGUAUACUGGCUCAUAACUCAUGACGGCUAAACCAAUGAAAACUCUCUAAUUGCAUUAUCCAAUGAUCAGGAUAUUCCAUACCA